UAGAACCUGCUCGAGCUAACGCGGGUUUCUUAAUACAAUGCGUAACUUUCCAUUCUUUCAGUUUAGGGUUGGGGGGAGUUCAGCGGCUUGAUGAUGUCAUGAAAAAGCCUGAGGGCUGAACUGGAGCAAACAAACUCAAACGUCCUGAACUUUCACCGGGACCCCAGCAAAACACAUUACCGACCGGAAACCCGCGUGUGUGAUCAGCCCACCGUGGAAGCUAUGGCAUUCAAUGAAAAAAUAAUGAUCCCAUGCAUUAAAAUAAUAAUAAUUAAAGAGAGAAAGAGGCGGGGCCUCAGCAUCCAUGUACUGUUGGUGGAUCAUCCGAAUCCCUGACGCUUCAGCAGAAGUGGAGGUGAACCUGCUUAUUCUGGGAUGCCUGCAUACUUCUGCAGCAUCGGAAUCCAUCCUCUCCGCGGAGGUGAGGUGCAACGCCGCUGUGCGUUAACCCUUCCCCGGCCGCACCCCUCCGUCCUGCGGGCUGUGCGCGCGCGCCAGGAGCCAGAGGAGCGGAGCGGAGCGCCGUCCUGCUCCCGCCUGUCCGCCGCAUCGGUAACACACAUCAACGUUUCCUCCAGAGGAACCGCACUUUGAAUCUCCUGCAGGAGCCGCUCCGGCUCGGAUGGCCUCGUUUCCGCAUUCCUGGCGCCGCCGUGCGCACUGCGGGCAAGGAGCAGAGAACCAUGGUCUCCGAGAAAAACCGGUUCCUCAGGCUUUUCCACCCGAGGACUGCUGGCGUUUCUUUUUCUCCCCGGCAGCGGAGAGGAGCCACGGCGGAGCGAGAUCCCGGUGACCGUAGCCGCGGCAGCUCGUUCGUUGUCUCGCGUUUAGCCGCAGAGUGAGAGUCGCUGCUGAGCCCGGAGACGCGCACCGCCGCGUCCUUCAUGUCCCGGGAUGGAGAGCUGCUGCCGCUCCUGCAUGCCCUGCUUCGACGGGCUCUGGAACUGGAUAUGGCCCGAUUUGCGCUACCCGACCGCCCCGGCCCAAGGCCAUGUCAUCGCGAACCCCAUGGCCCACGCGGACGAGAUCCGAACCGUGUCCGGAGACAUCCGUGCCCCGUCCCCCAAGAAGCGGCCGGUGCAGCUGUAUGCGGCGCUCUUCGACUUCCAGGCCCGGAGCGACGAUGAGCUGACGGUGAAGGAGGGCGACAAGCUGUCCGUCAUCGAGAAGAGGGGGGAGUACGUGCUGGCCAAAAAACUGACCGGAUCCCUGGGGUCCGGUCUGAUCCCCGCGAACUACGUGGCUCUGCUGCAGGACGAGUUUGCCAAGUACAAGUGGUACUAUGGCAACAUCAACCGCACAAAAGCUGAGAAGCUGCUGCUGGCUUCCCAAAACAAAGACGGAGCAUUUCUGGUUCGCAUCAGCGAGAGUCACAGUGACGAGUACACCAUCUCUGCCAGAAAUCAAGGAAAAGUCGAUCACUUCAGGAUCCAGCGCUCACUCAUCGGAGCAUACUUUGUCUCGGAUAAGAUCUCCUUUGCCACGCUGGAGGAGCUGAUCUCCUACUACCAGAAAAACCCUCGCCUCCUGGGAGUUCAACUGGUGCAACCAUGUGCCCAGCAGCGCGAGCUGUUUGACAUGGAGCCAUGGGAGAGACCUCGAGAGGAGUUCAAACUUUACAAGAAGCUAGGAGAAGGAAACUUUGGAGAAGUGUGGGAGGCUCUGUGGGUCAAGGAGAACAAGAAGGUGGCCAUCAAGACUCUAAAGCAAGAGGACACAAAGCAGGAUGAGUUUGUGAAGGAAGUUCAUGCCCUGAAGAACCUGCAUCACCCCCGCCUUAUCCAGCUGCUGGCCAUGUGCUCCAGAGGGGAACCCGUCUACAUUGUGACAGAGCUCAUGAGCAAAGGAAGCCUCAAAUCCUACCUGGCCUCUGCUGAGGGCCACAUGUUGUCAUCCGCUCACCUCAUCUACAUGAGCGGUCAGAUUUCAGAGGGCAUGGCCUACCUGGAAGACAGAAACAUUGUGCACAGAGACCUAGCUGCCAGGAACAUUCUGGUGGGAGACGAUCUGGUCUGUAAAGUGGCUGACUUCGGGCUGGCCCGGAUCAUCAGGGACAGCGUGUAUACAGCCAGUCGAAACACAAAGAUCCCGGUCCGGUGGACGGCUCCAGAAGCAGCGCUUCACCAACGCUUCUCUGUCAAGUCAGACGUGUGGUCGUUUGGAGUGCUGCUCUAUGAGAUGAUGUCUCGUGGUAAAAUGCCUUAUGAAGGAAAAAGCAACAAGGAGGUGAUGACGAUUUUAACCUCUGGUUAUCGUCUAGCAUGUCCCACCCGCUGCCCUGAGAAUAUUUACAAGAUCAUGAUGGACUGCUGGGCUGCAGAACCCUCAAAACGCCCGUCGUUCCACGCCUUGCACAGCCAGCUUGAUGCAAUAUACGCCAAGAUAUAUUUCAAGACUGUAGAAGUGUAGAAAGACAAGACCCUGGAGGACAUGGACCGUAAUGUUCUUGUGCUUCCUCAAAGAACAAGAUCACAGAUAUAAGACUUCAUCCUCCAUGCAAACCCUGCGGUAUAGAGGGCAUAGGAGAAGACCAGAUGAGAAUAGGAAUACAGAGGACUUCUCUAAGAAAAAAGAAGAAAGAUGGUCAAACAACUGACUGACCUUCAUGGGAGCAAAAGUGCAACAGCACUGAAAAACUUUCCACGACAAGCCUCAGCACAUUUACAGAAGUGUAUUUUAUUUACAACCUUCUGUGUUUUCUUAUGAACACUUAUGACAUGACCUCACAGGUCAGGAGGGUUUGAAUUUAAACUUGGGCUGAAGCCGCAAAACCAAUUGUAUAAAAACCAAUUAUAAUUGUGCAAUAAUGAACGUCUUCCAACACUUUGCCUCAUUAGAGGGCAGGAUUGGAUUAUUUGAGUAGCAUUAAGUCCAGAGUGACACAUCUGAAUGACUGGGUCAUUGGCAGGGUAUUAGCUACAUAUCUCCACGUUCCGGAAAUGAACAACUUUAUCCAUCCAGGGGUUUGCUCAUCUGCGAUGUGAAAUUAGCUCCAGCUGUGCAUUUAAGGGACCGUCCAGUAUAAACAGGAGCUACAGUGAUCAUCAGCUGCUGAAGAAUAUAAGCUAAGCUUCUUUUUUGCUCCAGGAGGAAGUAAAAUAUGAUUUGCUAUAGAGGUGAUCUCAGUAUGAGGGUGAUGUUUCACACACCAGCAGCAUGCGGCAAAGCACUCAUGAACCUUUUUUAGAGUAGCGUGAGACACAGGUGGUUAUGAGAUUAUGCUAAAAUAUUAACCCCUUGAGGCCAAUUGAGACAAAUUCGCAUCAAUCAAUUUUGGCUUCAAAAUGACCCUAAUUUAGCAUAUACUUGAAAGCAAAAGCAUACAUGACCUUGUUUUCGUGGCUGGAAUUAAACUCAGGCAUCAAGGGGUUAAACUAAAUUAAUGUGCCAUGAAAAACAUGCCAAACCAGCAUUUGAUUUUAAACACUCGCGCCGCCGUGUUUCACACUGAACAGUUUUGUAGCUUCAUGCAGAGGUCUUUCAGAUCCAUUUGAAACUUUCUUUAAAAAGUGUUAAGUGAUCUAACAGAAUAAAAUCAUGGACUGAUUGGAGAAUUUUGGAGAGGCUGGAAUGAAGCACAGUGAUUUGACUAUGAUCGUCAAUCAGCUGUUGCUGCAGCCCCUCCCACCAGGACAGCUGAAUCAGCUCUUACGUCAGUUUCAGCUGCAGGAUGAGAGAGAACAAUUAAAUUAUUUAACAAUUAAACAAUUUACUCUGUCACUGAUUAUGUGCAAUGCAAAAAUGUAACUGAAACCAUCAAACUUACCAAUUUCAAAAAUUCUGCUCUGCAUUUACGCUGCUCUUGGUCUGUACUGUAAGUGUCUAAUGAUAUUAUAGGAGGUGACGUAUCUAGUGUGUCUGGGCCAAAUGGAGGAGUUAAAAGCUGAUUUCCUCUCGGUUUAUAAAUGCUAUGAAACAAAACCUAAAAGACACCUUUCUUAUUUUUAGCCUGGCUCAAAACCCUGAAAGCUUGUUAGCUCACUUAUCCAAAGUUAAUCAAAGGUGUGUCAGGGGUAUCAUCAUGGAUCCAGAUACUUUCCAACAAAGUAGCGUAGUAGUGGGUAAAAUCCAGUCAUAUAGACUCAUGUUUUAAAAAACAUAAGUCUUGUUGACUUUUAACUCACAAUUCAGAAACAAUUCUAUUCAAAAACCUUGAUCCCAGUGUUCCUGCUUUUUUGCUCUGAAUCUUAAGAUGAAUUCAUCAUUUAGACAGUUCUGUCAAAAACCGUUGAUCUUAGUUAUCUGUUGUUGCAAUAAGCUAAGCUGAUUGCGCUCUGGGUGGAACUGCAAUGCGCCAGGUCAUAUCGGACCUCUGUCUAUCGAUGUAACAGUUGUUGGUAAAGCAGGAUGUGAAGUUCACCUCAAUGCUUAACUCUUGCAUCACAGUUAAAAAGCAUGAAUAUGUGGGAAAACGUUAACAUGUUAGGUAAAGGAGCAUGAACUGUAGCCAUUUGUAAGAGAAAGUACCAUUUAGAUUAGAAGAAAUAAAUGCUGCAUGGUUAUAGUAGAAUGCCAGCAGUUAUUCUGAAGCACAUCUGUGGCCAAAAGCCAAACCAGGGCAGGAAUGGCUAAAAUGUCUGCAAAAUGUUACACACUCUCAGGACACACCUUUUUGAUUUUAGACCCAAAAAAGUCAAGUUUGUUUCUUUUCUCUGUGUUUUAAUUGUCUGCUACGUGCACCUCUGCUCUGACUUCCUCAGCCUUUGUUACAGGGACCUAUAACAGUUUGGUGAUGUCUAAUAUAUUGUUGCAUUUUGGAAACAGUGUCUGUAAUGUAAAUUUUCCUUAAUUGUUGCAUUUGUUAACUUGAAGCUUGAAAAGCCCGUGGGCUUAAUUGCCAUGUGUACAGGCCUUAAGCUGUUUAAAUGGGCCAAAAUAAUUUGAAGUUACAACUUGAGUGCCUAUGUUUACAAUCAUAAGUGUGCACACAUUAAACUUUAAGAUACAUACGGUAAAAGGACAGACAUUCACAUGGCUUUUGGGUUAAAUGACCAAAAUACAGCAUUAGCCAUGUUUAGAGGAACUGUCUUAGUGGAAAACAGGAUUGGUUUGUAGUAAUGCACUUGAAAUGCAAAUUGUGUCAUGUUUGUCUUAAAGCAUGAAAGACAAAGACAAAUUCAGGAAUCUUGAGCCAUAAUCACCUUAUCAUGUUUGAGUGUGUGUUCUUUCCUGUUUACGAUCAGGUACCAAACACAAGUGAUGCAACAAAUAAAGUAUUUUAACUAUUUUAAA